AAUGGUGAGAACUUCUGCAUUCUGGACGAGCAGAGGUUUGCCAAGGAGCUACUCCCCAAGUACUUCAAACACAACAAUAUCUCCAGCUUCAUACGACAGCUUAACAUGUAUGGUUUCAGGAAGGUGAUUGCCCUGGAGAAUGGUAUGAUUACAGCAGAUAAAAGCUCAGUCAUUGAGUUCCAGCAUACUUUCUUCAAGCAAGGGAAGGCACAUUUGCUGGAAAACAUCAAGCGAAAGGUAUCUGCAGUAAGAACUGAGGAUCUCAAGGUCUGUACGGAGGACUUGCACAAAGUACUCUCUGAAGUCCAGGAGAUGAGGGAGCAGCAGAACAACAUGGAUGUCAGACUGGCGAACAUGAAGAGAGAAAAUAAGGCCCUGUGGAAAGAAGUGGCAGUUCUAAGGCAGAAGCACAGUCAACAACAGAAGCUGCUGUCUAAGAUUCUCCAAUUUAUACUAAGCUUGAUGCGAGGAAAUUAUAUUGUUGGGGUCAAAAGAAAAAGGUCUCUAACAGAUGCUGCAGGUGCUUCACCUUCCAAAUACAGUCGUCAGUAUGUUCGCAUUCCUGUGGAGAGUGGCCAAGCCAUGGCUUUUUCUGAACAUAAUGCAGAUGACGAGGAUGGAAAUGGUACGGGGCUCAUCAUUCGAGAUAUCACUGAUACCUUGGAAAAUGCCACCGACGGUCUCCUUGCUGUGGCACACACAAGUGGCAGAGCCAGAGAGACACAGACAGCUCUGGAUCCUGGCUUACCUAUUUGUCAAGUAUCGCAGCCAAAUGAGUUAAAUUAUGCAGAACCUAUCCCACCAGUUCAUAUAAAUGAUGUCCACAAAUCCAGUGAAAUGGGAAAUGUUGCUGUGGAGCUCCAUACUGCACAGCCUAACGCUCCAGAAGACCCAGUGUCAGUGAUUGACUCCAUCUUGAACGAGAACAGCUCUGGAAACCAAAAUGAUCCUUUACUGGACAGAGAAGAAAUUCAAGAUUUUCUUAAUUGCAUUGAUGCCAGCCUUGAAGAGCUUCAAGCCAUGUUAUCUGGGAAGCAGUAUAAUUUUGGUUCUGAAGCUUUCAGCGAUACGUUUAAUCCUGAGCUGCCGGCCCUGGAUAUGAACUUGACGGAAACUUCCCCUGGUAUGGAAAAUAUUCCAAACUUGGCAGAGAGCACUGAAGAUCCGGGAGCAAGUGAGAGGGAAACGACGGGAAGCAAAGAUAUGCAGCUGAUACAGUACAGGGCCAAUCCUCUGCUUUCGCUGUUUGAAGAACUCCCUUCAAGUGAAGCUGCAGGGAAGACAGAGGAUCUGAAAGACUUCCUGCUGCCCGCCCCAGAGGAGAAACCUCCUCUUCAUCCUCCGUCGGGUAGCGGGGCUGCCUUGCCACUAGCAGCUCCAGCAAGCCAGGCUGAGUCUCUGGAUGCUCUGGGAAUGGGUGAUCCGCCUCUCCUCCCGGAGGAUGGGAAUGGCGAGUAUAAACUGUUUCCACUCUUGCUCCUCAGUCCUGUUGCUAACUUCAUAGAAGAGGCCUCUGAGAUAGAAACUUCUUGA